AUGAAUAGAAUGCAAUGUUUAAAAUCAAUUAAAGUAAGAAGGUCCCCUUGGAUACUUACAAGGUUCAAAUCUACAGAUGCUUCAGCAUCUGAAGUUGAACAUUUUAGAAAUCUGGCACCUACUUGGUGGGAUACCCAUGGCAAUCAAAGAAUUCUUCAUUUAAUGAAUUUAGCAAGAUUAGAUUUUAUACAGAGAAAUAUCCGGAAUACAAUCAAAAUUGAGAAUUCAGAUAUUUAUGUUCCUGGAUUUAAUUAUAAAAAAUUUUUACCAAAGGAUAUAUCUACAGCAGUCCAAGAAGAAUUUGAUAAUGAGAUUGAAAAAAUAUUAAUUUCGAGGAAAUUAAAGGUAUUAGAUGUUGGAUGUGGAGGAGGUAUACUUGCAGAAUCAAUGGGUAGGUUACCAUAUGUUCAACAUGUUACUGGGGUUGAUUUAACCAAGGACUGUAUUGAAGUGGCCAAACUUCAUGCCAAAAAAGACCCAGCUCUUAAGGGGAAACUAACGUAUGAAUUGAAAGCAGUUGAGGACGUAGAGCCAAACGAAGGGUAUGAUAUAGUGACGUGUUUUGAAAUGUUGGAACAUGUUGAUUCACCAAGUUCUAUUCUUAGCCAUUCGUGGAGAAAAUUGAAACCUAAUGGUAUUUUGUUUAUAAGUACAAUCAACAAGGAUUUAAUAUCAUGGUUUACUACAAUAUUUAUGGGAGAAUAUGUGUUGAAAAUUGUUCCAGUUGGGACUCAUCAUCUUAAUAAAUAUGUAAACUCCAAAGAUAUUAUUAAAUGGUUUCAAAGUACAGUACCAAAUAAAUAUCAAGUGAUGGAUGUGAAAGGUACUAUGUAUUUACCUUUUAAGGCAUGGGUUGAGCAUAACUGCAGUGAUGUUGGCAAUUAUUUCUUGGCCAUAAAGAAAUUACCAAAAUAA